GCAGGCAGUGCUUGAGCCUGUUUGAAGCAGCCGGCAAAGGAGGGAAGCGUGCCUUUGCCUGGAUGAAGCAGGAUCUCUCUCAGCCUGUUUCCAUCUUUACUUUUAGCACCUGCUGGCUUGGAGUGGUGUCGCGCAAGCAAUCAGACGUUGGUGGGUGGAUGUGCCAAGAGACUGACCUCCCCACGUCUGCUACCCCUCCCCCUGCAACCCAUGACAGCCUGUCCUGAUAUAGAUGGACCUGGGACUGGUUUAAAAUGACAGUCUCAAGUUCUUUGAGGAAGAGAAGAGUAAUUCAAACGAACAGGCAGACAAGCUUCCUUUCUCUGCAGGAAGAAUUAUUAUCCCCCAUCACCAUGGCUCACCUGGGAGCCCACUUUGCCUUUAGGUCCCGCUGGCAGAAGACCGAUGAUGAACUCUGUCGACAUAGUAUGUCCUUUAUCCUUCACAAAGCCAUUCGCAAUGACUUCUUUCAGAGCUAUCUCUACCUGCUGGAAAAAAUUCCCUUGGUAAAACUCUAUGCUUUAACGAGCCAAGUCAUUGAUGGUGAGAUGCAGUUUUAUGCCAGAGCCAAACUUUUCUACCAAGAAGUACCUGCGACAGAAGAAGGCAUGAUGGGAAAUUUUAUUGAACUAUCAAACCCAGAUAUCCAGGCCUCCCGUGAAUUUCUUAGGAAAUUUGUUGGGGGGCCAGGGAGAGCGGGAACUGGCUGCGCCUUGGACUGCGGUUCUGGAAUAGGAAGGGUCAGCAAGCACGUCUUGUUGCCUGUUUUCAGCAGUGUUGAGCUGGUGGACAUGAUGGAAUCCUUCCUCCUGGAAGCCCAGAGCUACUUGCAGGUUAACGAAGACAAAGUUGAAAACUACCACUGCUACAGCCUGCAGGAGUUCACGCCCCACUUAGGGAGAUACGAUGUCAUCUGGAUUCAGUGGGUCUCAGGGUACCUGACUGAUAAGGAUCUUCUUGCGUUUCUUUCCCGGUGCCGAGAUAGCCUGAAAGAAAAUGGUGUUAUCAUACUGAAGGACAAUGUAGCACGGGAGGGCUGUAUCUUCGACCUGUCUGACAGCAGUGUGACCCGGGACAUGGAAAUCCUUAGAAGCCUUAUUAGGAAGAGCGGAUUGGUAGUUCUGGGCCAGGAGAAGCAAGAGGGCUUUCCAGAGCAGUGUGUUCCAGUGUGGAUGUUUGCACUCCACAGUGACAGACACUCCUGACCAGCAGUUGGAAUAAACAAGCAGACUGGACAGUGAUGCUUCAGAACUGGGUAUAUCUCCGAGGGUGCCGUAUAUGAUGCAUAUAUGCAAAGAAGGGAUACAAUGCAUGUCUAAAAUGA